AAAGGCAUCGCCUCUACUCAGGGGGAAACCUAAACGAGGUGCGGCCGUGCGGGGCGAGGAGAAGAAGGGAGGGGGAGGAGGUGCAGGGGGCGUCCGGCAGGCGACGUCGAUGGCGAUGGCGAUGGCGAUGUCGCGUUCGGUGUUGGCGCGGGUGGCCCGUGGCGGCCACCCCGUCUACCAGCCGCUUCUUCGGGCAGAGGGAAACCUAACUGCCGACACCCUGGGCAAGCGGUUCCUCUCCGGCUUCAAGGGACACCGCUGUUAUUCCACUUGGAAUAAGCUGCCAACUGUUGACUUCGAACCUAUAGGUCAUGUCUAUAUGACGGUGGCUUUCAUUUUUGGAAUGGGGACAUUGGUACCCUACGCAAUUUCUAGCGGCAAAAAGUCAGAAGAGGGCCAGAAGAGGUUGGAGGACUUGAAAGCUGAGGUUGAGAAGAGUCGCCGCCGAUUAAAUCAAGUGUAAUGCCUUUCAAGUUUGAUGUGUGUAUCCUGUUAAAACUUUAGUGUGGAAAAUCAUGUGUCUUUAGAUCGUUUUCCGGGUUUGGUUUUUCCUUUUGUACGCUCCAGUUUCGACCGACGGCGAAGGUUGACUAGCCUCUGGCCUAGUCGAGGAACGUGUGAAUUUUUUGUCUCCAACUCCGUUUGGUUGUACCUCGGGUGUUCUACAUGCCUUCUUUAACGAGUUC